AUGGCGAACCGCAUGUCCAUGUAUUCGAUGGCCUCUGAUUCUGGCUUGGGAGGCUCCAGGGGCGGCCAGUCAUCACAAAUCUCGGCCACAACCUUACUUAACUCAGUGCACAACAUCUACCUCUCCUCGCAACCAUACCAGCUCGAUGCCGGCACCAGUCUUGUCGUCAACACAUGGCUCACGGCCUGCCAGCCUGGGCCGACCGGGCUUGUUGGAGGCACCGUCGACGCCGACCUCGUGACGAGGGCAUGGGAACAUGCUCGCCGUCGUGCCGAAGACGGCUGCAUCAUCUUGAGCUCUCUCCAUACUUCCACACCAUCGCUUCUCCGACCCGCCCUCUCAUCUCUCCCCGUCUCGGUCCCAAGCUCGAUCCUCCAAUCUCUGCAGGCUAUCGAGCCUUUCCUCCGAUGCGUGACCCCGUACAACCCCUCGACGCCGAGGCAGGUUGCCCUUGGUGUCACCCUGACCCUCAACCUCACCGGCAAGAUAGUCGGCGCGUCAAUUGCACUAUCACAGGGCGGGAUUGACACCGAAAAGGGUCUGCUGCGCAUCCCGGCAGAGCCAGGCAACCGUGCCUUUGAUGUCUUCUACUACCUCCUCACUUCGGCCUCCACUCCGGCCGAGCGGGAGUUUCUGGGCUUGAAGGGCGCUUCCAACUACAACCUGCUGGCUCGCUCUGGCACCUACGAUCCCCCGUCCUACCUGCCCACCGCUGACGACGGUGCUGCUGCCGACGAUUUUCGGUCGGCCCUGAGGGAAAUCGGCAUCAAGGGCUCUACAUACCGGAAUUUCAUCUCCACGAUUGCUGCUCUUAUGAAACUUGGUAACGCGGUCGACUAUAACGUGGACGAAGACGUACUGGAGGAGGUCAGUGAGGAUGUCGGUGGGCUCCUCGGCUUGGAACCCGAGGUCCUGGCCAGGCAGUUGAGCACUGACGACCGCGCCACGCUCCUCGGGGGCCUGUAUGAAGCAUUGGUGGAUUGGGUCAUCAGGAAAGCCAACGAGGCCAUUGCCGCCCGGAUCAAGGAGGAAGAAACGGGGGACGAAGACCUUGUGGAUACCGUCUGCCUGCAUUUCCUCGAGAUUCCCGAUCCCAACCUUGGCAAGGCGGUUGCCAUGCGGGGUAUUUUCGACGACAACCAGGGCAUUAACUCCGAGAUGAAGCAGGACGGCGUCGAGGUUGCUCCUGUCAGCAGUUCAGUUUUGAGAGAGAUGCAGAGUGCCGUGGCCGAGGCCGGUCCCGAAUUAGGCAUCAUGGUUGGGUCGCUUGGUAGGGAGAGGCAACACGCGCUCGAAAAACGGGAAGAGGUCCUUGAGAAGGUCGCUUUGGCUGCCGAGAAUGACGGCUUCUUGAAGCAGCUGGUCAUCCCCUCUGAUGCGGAGGGCAUCAACCUCGGCCGCAGCGGUCGUAUUGACUUGGCAAACCUCCUCAGCUCCAGCCGGGCGUGGUACCAUCUGUGCAUCCACCCGACCGACAAGUCGCCAGCCAGCCUGGCGGCCCUGCCGUCGGUCAACUCGGCUUGGUCCGCCGGCACCGUGUCUAGGCAACUGCGGGCCUGGAGACUCCCCGAAUGGUCGAAUCGGCGGAACAAGCAUCUCGACUACACAGUCGAUUUCGAUUUUGACGAGUUCGUUCGUCGUUACCGUAUGCUGGGGUGCAUGGAUGGCCGUGACGGGAUCGAGAGCUGGAUUCUCGAACGCGGCUGGACCAAUGGCGAGGUUGUGGUUGGCCGUGAGCGCGUUUGGAUGAGGGAGAACGCGUGGUGGGAGGCGGAAGGCGUGCUCGACCUGAAGCCCGGCGAGGCUGAGAGGCUCGGAAGCAUGCCACAUAUGAUGCCGCCGAGCGGCCUCGGCACUGGUUAUUCGGCCACCGGGAGCAGCUUUUUCCCGCCCCAACCGUUCCAUGACGCGUCCUCAACCGGGAGCCGUGAACAGCUUGUCAAUCAUCAGAGGAAUAUGAGCCAUGUAACUCUAGGCGGCGCCCGUCCCGCUGCGGCUCCUUCCAUUGCCCCUACCGCCAUGACGGGCAUGCGUAACGCCAGCAACGGCGACUACGGGCUCGGCACCAAGGGUGACACUCACAAGGGUGAUGUUUACUACAACAGUGACAGCCAGUUCGUUGGCAACCUCGACGCCGACCUUGCGGAAGGCAAGAAAAUUGAGGAGCAACCCAUCUCGCCUGGCAGAAGGGCAUGGGUUAUUAUCGUCUGGAUUCUCACUUUUUGGAUCCCCUCGCCCCUCCUUCGGUACGUCGGCCGUAUGAAGCGGCCCGACGUGCGGAUGGCGUGGCGGGAGAAGCUCGUUCUCUGCUUCUUCAUUGCCAUCAUGAACGGCAUCAUCGUUUUCUGGAUCAUCUGGUUCGGCAAGCUGCUGUGCCCCAACUACGAUAAAGCCUGGUCGCGGAACGAGGUCAAAAACCAUCAGGGUUCAGAUGAUUUCUGGGUCAGCGUUCAUGGCAAGGUCUACGACAUCACAAAGUUUUGGACCCUGGAACACGGCACCAUCACCCGUCAGAGCACGCGCGAGGCCAUGGAACCGUUGGGUGGUCUGGACAUGGACAACUACUUCAUCGUCCCGUUGACCUUGGCUUGCCCCGGCCUGGUAACUGACGAAACGAUUCAACUCGACCUCAACGAUACAAGGAAACCAGAGUAUACCAAUGCCGUACACACAUCGGGUUUCUACGCCGAUGAUCCGACGAGCGAUCUGAAACAGAACGAUUGGUACGCCAAGAAGUUCUUGCCUCGCAUGAAGGAGUACUUCACCGGCGAUCUCGUAUGGAAUCCCGACCAGAUCAAGCAAGAGGGACAGGACUACAAUCGCAUGUGGUUUCUCUGGGAGAACAGGGUGUACGACUUGACGGACUACUUCUACACCCAAAAGACGCACAUGGACGCUGCUCGGUGGUCUUUCCUCCACGAAAAGAUUACCACCGCGGUCAAGAACAACCCCGGUCAGGAUCUUACCGACCAGUUCAACGAGAUUAUCAAUGACGCCAAGUCGAAUCUCACCGAGAGCGCCAUCAUUGCCAACAACUUCAACUGUCUCAACAACCGGUUUUAUAUGGGCAUUACCGACUACCGCGAGUCGGCCCGCUGCCAGGUCAACAAGUGGAUUCUCAUUGCCUUCACCGCCAUCCUCUGCUCCGUCAUUCUCAUCAAGUUCGUGUCGGCCCUCCAGUUUGGUUCCAAGAGACGCCCGUCUCCCCAGGAUAAGUUCGUCAUCUGUCAGGUGCCGGCAUACACAGAAGGCGAAGACUCGCUGCGGAAGGCCCUCGAUUCCCUCACUGCUCUGCAGUACGACAACAAGCGCAAGUUGAUCUGCGUCAUUUGCGAUGGUGUUAUUGUCGGCGCCGGAAAUGACCGCCCAACACCCAAGAUCGUCCUGGAUAUCCUUGGUGUCGACCCCAAGGUUGACCCGCCCGCCCUGCCGUUCAAGUCGGUCGGUACCGGCAGCGAGCAGCUUAACUACGGCAAGGUCUACUCUGGUCUGUACGAGUACGAAGGCAACGUUGUCCCGUACCUCGUCGUCGUCAAGGUGGGCAAGGAGUCGGAACGUAACAAGACCAAGCCCGGCAACCGCGGAAAGCGUGACUCGCAAAUUUUGCUCCUGAGCUUUCUCAACCGCGUCCACCACCGCGCUCCCAUGAACCCGCUUGAGCUGGAGAUGUUCCACCAGAUCAACAAUAUUAUUGGUGUGGAUCCGGAGCUGUACGAGUACCUCCUGAUGGUAGAUGCCGAUACCUGCGUGCGCGAGGACUCUCUCAACCGGCUCGUUGCGGCCUGCGCCAACGACGCCAAGAUUGCCGGUAUCUGUGGCGAGACGAGCUUGCAGAAUGAGGAGCGCUCGUGGUGGACUAUGAUCCAGGUCUACGAGUACUACAUUUCGCACCAUCUCGCAAAAGCCUUCGAGUCAUUGUUUGGCAGCGUCACUUGUUUGCCUGGAUGUUUCUCCAUGUAUCGUCUGCGCACGGCGGACCGCGGCAGGCCGUUGAUCAUUUCGGACGACAUCAUCCGCGACUACAGCGAUUGCAAUGUGGACACUCUCCACAAAAAGAAUCUGCUGUCGCUCGGUGAGGAUCGCUACUUGACCACGCUGAUGACCCGAUACUUCCCGUACAUGUCGUACAAGUUCAUUCCGGAUGCCUACUGCCAGACUGCCGCGCCCGAGAAAUGGAGCGUCUUGUUGUCCCAGCGUCGUCGUUGGAUCAAUUCGACCAUCCACAACCUGGCCGAGCUGCUCUUCCUUCCCGACAUGUGCGGCUUCUGCUUCUUCUCGAUGCGCUUCAUCGUUUUCAUCGAUCUCUUCGGCACCAUCAUUCUCCCAGCGACCUGUGUCUACCUCGGCUGGCUCCUGUACACGGUCAUCACACGUACCGGCCCGUUCCCCUUGAUUUCCAUCAUCAUGCUUGCUGCCGUGUACGGUCUGCAAGCGCUGAUCUUCAUCCUCAAGCGGCAGUGGCAACAUAUCGGCUGGAUGGUCAUUUACAUCAUUGCCUUCCCGGUCUACUCCUUCGUCCUGCCUAUCUACUCGUUCUGGAACCAGGACAAUUUCAGCUGGGGUAACACGCGCAUCGUCAUUGGCGAGUCAGGCAAGAAGCAGGUGGUUGCCGUGGACGACGAGGGUUUCGACCCGCGCUCUAUCCCCCUCCAGCGCUGGGACGAUUACGCUCUCAUGAACAACCUCCCCGGUCGGCGCGGCGGCCACUCCGAGAAGCUCGGCAUGGACGGUGGCAUGGCAAUGUACGAUGAGAACUACGAGAUGGACGACAUGAAGUCCGUCUACUCGUCCAUCCGCCAGCCCUCGGUGCUCGCCGGCCUCCCCGGUCGCGGUGGCGCAGCCGCUUACAUGCCUCCGACCCCAGGCACGCCAGGCACCCCCUUCGCCCCGGGCGCCAUGACACGCACGAGCACCUUUGUCGGCACAACCCCCUACGCAGACAAUCCGGCCCUCGCAAACCGCCAGAGCAUGAUGUCCGUGGGCCGCUCCCACACUCCCUUCACCGACUUCUCCGCCAACCGCGGCAGCGCCAUCAACCUCCGCGGCAUGAGCGCUACCCCGACGCCCGGGCCUUAUGCGGGGACGAUGUUGGGCGUCCCCGGGAGCGCGUCCAACAACCGCCUGUCGAUGGCGUCGACGUCGAUGUUGCAGGCGAGCCCGAGCCGGCUGGGCCUGCACCACCCGGACCCGAGCACGGGCUCGUUUAACGGACUGGCCUUGGGAGGCGGUCCUGGUGGGGCGGUCGAUGACACGGCCAUCAUCGAGGCGAUCCAGGCGGUGCUGAGGGAGGUGGACCUCGACACGGUCACCAAGAAGCAGGUGCGGGCGCUGGUGGAGCAGAGGCUGCAGACGGAACUGACGGGGGAGAGAAGGACGUUUAUGGAUCGGCAGAUUGAUAAUGAGUUGGCUAAUAUGUAG